UAUAUAGCGUAUGAAAACUGAUUAAAACAAGAUAUUAUAUCUUAUAUUAAUUUCUCUAUGAAACAGUCUUAAGCUCAGCCCCCUUCUGUCGUCUCAUGCUGACGGCUGGUUUAUAAAGAGCAGCAGACUUCACUCUUCUCACAGUCACGGACUUCUCUGUGCAGGAAUAAAAUCAGAGUAUCCAGAACUAUGGGUAGCUGGUGGUCUUCACCCGCCAAGGAUUCAGACGUCAAGGUUUCACCCAUCAAUGUUAGAGUCGUCAAUGAGACUCCUAAAACCUUGUCCUUUUCCACUCAAGACAGAGGGUACACACAGAUCGACUCUGGCCGCAGCACAUCCUAUAAAGAGGAUCAGGCAGACGCACACAUCCGCAUCAGACCUAAAAAUCACUCGGGGGAUAGUUUUUCAUACAAAUUUGACACCAAGAAAGGCGACACGUCUUUUAUCUUAAGAGAAAACAAGGACCGUUCCCAGAUUCAGAUACACUGCACCUCUACGAACAAAGAUUGUUUCUGUCCCAACCCCGCCCGGACUAUUGCUCAUGUUUACGGAUUACCUCUUUUGUCAAGCCCUCUGGAUAUUGUCAGCCGUCGAUCGAUCACACACGUUUUGGAUCAUUCUCUUGCCUUGCCCUCAAUAUACCUGUUUGCCAUUGUCAUAACCUUACCUGUUUUACGACCAUGUCUCUGAAUAAAGCUCUGAAGAUGGAUUUGCACACUUCCUUCCGUAACAAAAAUGUAUGUAUGUAUGUACAUGAUUGUGUUUUUGAGAAAAUAAUGUUUAUGUGUGGUUAGUGAAAAACUAUAUUUUUUAAGUCACUGAAAUAAGGCCAUAAAACACAUACAGAAUAUUUGUUUGCACAAGACUGUGCAAAUUAAAUAACACAAAAUUAAAAAAAUUUAAUUUAGGAAGAGAUGAGAGGAGAUAAGAAGUCUGCGACGUGAGUAAACAAGAUUUUUUCUCCAACAUAAUCCCUAUUCAGAUGGGAUUAGUUUUACAUGGAGUGGUGGGGUAAAGUAAUUAAUUACUACGAACAAUGACAGUAAAGAUUAUGGCAACUUUUACCUUCUGUAAAAAGGCCCAGGAUAAUUGCCUCCGGUAAUACUGAUCCCGUGCGAAUAGACCAGCUGUAAAUAUGCAAGUAAUUAUUCCAUCUUUUCCUGUUCAAAAGUGUUCCAUGAUUUUUCAGGCGUUUAAAGAAGCAUUCAGUUGCAUUGUAAGUCUAUGGCAAACCUCAAAUGUUUUCCACAUAUGACACUGCAUACCAUUCAGAUCAAAAAGUAGGUCGAAAGCACUUGUUAGAAACAUACUCGGUUACUGAUGUUACCUCGGUUUCCUGAGAUACAGGAACGAGUACCGAGUCUGCUAAGACGAUAUGGGGAAAACUCCUUUUUCUCCGAUAACUGAAGCCUUUUUCAACCACACAGUGAAACUGCACAGCCAUUGGUUCGUGCAGUGUAUUAAAAAUGAACAAAUGGCUCAGCAGCGGAGCUGCAUGAGCCUAUGGCAACAGAGACUGCCAGAAUGGGCGGGGCCAUCUGGCUAUAUAAGCGGGCAUUUCACCCUAGGAUCCUCAGGUUUACUUCGACUGAAGUGACGAUGCUGAGUUGUGCAGCUGUAUAGCAUGGCCAAGUAUGCAGUAAUCGUUCCCGUAUAUCAGGGAACCGAGGCUAAGUUAGUAACUGGGUAUGUUCCCCAUCGAUACUUCACUAGUAGUGCAUCUGCUAAGAUGCUAUGUGGAACCAGUACAAUCCCGCCGUGCUAUGCUAGAGGAAUGACUCAUCCUAGAACUUGCCUUAAGCACCACCAGGGGCCCAGAGGGACCCAAGUAUUUGCAGGGAAAAACCCAGCAGGAGGCAAUAGGGCCAGACUCGCAGAGGUCCGCCUGGCUUUGAGUAUCAUUCCAAGAAGAACUCUGUACCGUCUCAGCACUCAGUGAGUGCCAUGAUUGUACAAGAAAGAGGCAAAAGCCUGAGCACUUGUAGUGCUUGCUCUUAUGGCAAAUAAUUAGUAGAUAUUAUAAUGCCAAUCUAUGGACCAGUGUCUCAGAAGAAUAGAUUCGCUGCUGAGAAAGAUGCCACAACAACAGUGAACAGAACAGACUGAAGAUUUGCUUUAACUUAAGAUUUGUAUUUUGAAAGCACACAGCUGGUAAGUUGCUUCAAUUAAUAGAGAACAAAUGAAAAUUAAAAAACCCCAAUGUUUUCACAAACUGAGUUGUGGUUACUCAACUUUGUGUUGUCUUUGUUUCUUUAGGCCUCGUAAUCUUUCCCUUAGUUUUCAACAAGGUAAGUUCUUCACACUUCACAAUAUUUUAUGUACUCCAAAAAUACUGAAUAAGCAAUUAAAUUUCUGUUGUCACUAUUUGUUCUUUUAAAUCAAUCAGUGUUCAAUUAUAAAACAAAAAAAACAACAUACAACCCCAGUUGUAAAUCAAAAUAGAAAACCAACCAUUCUCAAUUAAAUAUAAUAGAUAACCUUCGAUUUCAACACUGAAUUGAAUUGUUCAAUCUUUCAAGAAAAACUGUCCUUUGAAUGGUCCACAGUGUAAGGAUUUUAUUAGCUCAUUUUAUUAAUUUUAGCUCUUAUUUAUCCUUUUGGGGAAUCAUUUAUUAACGAUUCGAUAUUGAAUUGAUAUUAAUCCAAAAACUUAUUUAUACCUUAUUAACGCCUCGUCCAGUGAGCGUUAAAAUCAGUAUAUCCUAACAAUUAUGUUUAUAUUAUUACGUGGCCAACGAGAACACAAACAAAACGCUAGUAGUUUAUUAAAUUUCGAGCAAGGUAACAAGGAUCAGGGCAAAGGUUGACUCAAAAAUUACACAACACAAGACAAGAAUUCUUUAUAAAUGAAACAAGAGUUUAUUUGCUAUUCUACUAAUCUAGGAUACAUGAUAAACUAAAUAAAACAAAACACACAGGCAAGAUGAUUGCAAUUUGAAGAAAGUUUAAGGUUCUAAUGCUCUUUUCCAAGAGUUCUGUAAAUUCAGCCUGAGGAAGUCAUAACCAGAGAAUUUUACUAUCUUUUCUGUAAGUCUUUUCGUCUGUAAGUGGUUGGCUUCCUGGCCGCGUGCGAGUGCAAUGCUUUGAAGUUCUUGUGCGGUUUCAGGCUUCGAAAGUUUCUUUGGUCAGAAGUUUGAAGUCUUGGAUGAUCGACCUGAUGAUAAGUCUGUAGGCGCUUCACAGCGCGACCAGUGAGGCGAGACCAAAGUUUUCAAGCAGCGAGCGAGCCUUGUGUCACAGAGUUUUAACAGGCUGGAUUCUGUCCACCCACUAGAGGCUUCUUCCAAUCAGAUUGUCUCUACAGGGCAGAGCCCCGCCCCACAUGGUUCUUCUCCAUACAUAGAUUAACAUAAUGCUUCAUCCAUGCUGUGAGAAGUAUUUCUAAUAACUUCUUAUAAAAGUAUUCAUCACUCAUCAUACGAGGCUGUAAAUCGACAUAUAAUUCAUUUCAACUUCCAGCAUUUGAAAUAAGCUUUAACACGAUACUACACACGGCUAUCUAUUCAAAAGAAAGUUAUAUGGCAAAGAUCAAAAUAAAGCACACCACGCAUAACAUAAAACACCAAGCAUAUAUGUAAGACAUCAAACAUGUUAUUUGUUGAUACACUUGCUCUAAUAGCAAUGGAAAUACAUAAAGACAAUCUCUAAAGACAAUCGUGUAAGUUUGUGUUUCUUUUGUUGUAAGAGAAGAGAUAAAGGCGUGUUGUCUCGGAAUGCAGGAGAAGGGAGAUGUCUGAGGGGUCAUGAGAAUGUCACGUUGUGUAGAUCUGGUGAUUUUCUUAGCUCAGACGUCUGACGUCUUCCCUUGUUGAUACCAUCAUUGAAUUAUGCGUUAAACGGCCAGGAGGUUCUGGGAGUGUCUGUGCUGGAGCGUGUCCACAUACAAGUUCUCUGUACCGCUGUUUAGUCGAAUUAUGUUUACGUGAUAAGAAGGAACAGUGAGGUCCUGUUCUUAAACCCAUCCAGAUGUCUUCCUCAAACCUAUCAUCAUUUUAAUAGGGCUCAUGAGAUGAUAAGGAACACAUGGCAGGAUGCUGGUCAAACACUUGGGCGUGGUGCUGAUCAUUCAUUAAUUUGACGACCACGGCGUGGCCGAAGAGAAGGCUCCUUAGAUUCUGCUAAGGAAUGUGCACUGUAAAAAAUUACUCUGGAGGGUGUUAAAUACAACCCAUGAAAAUUAGUUAUAGUUUACUUAAGUAUAUGAGUUAGCAAGUAAAAUACAAAAUAAUGGGUACAUUCUACCUACACUAUCUAUUUUUUAACAGUAAUAACUGCAACACUAAAAAAUUAAGUAAAAUAUACCCCGAAAUAUUAGCUUUGGCACCGCAAAGUGCGCAUGCGUCAACAUCUAGGCGGGAAUCGCGGCAUUCACCAUUUUGGCGGCAGCAACGGCACUGCGAUUUGUUGAGCUACGGGUAAGUUUUUAUUUAACUUGUUGAUAUAUCAUCAUGAAUGCAAAUGUUAUGUUGUCUACCAGAAGAUUAGUAAUUUGCGCGCUUCUCUGUUGUCGGCACCACAGUCUGGUGACAGAUGGGUUAGAAUUUGAUUUUGUGGUCAGUCAAGUUAGCGUUGAAAGCGGAAUACAUUGUCCAGUACUUGCACCUGCGAAUGCGAGUAAUCAUCUACAUUUAUAAUUAAAAUAUGUUAGCUUCCAUAUUGUUAUGUACAUGGCUGAAACUCGUGAACAGCGAAGCUGCUGCACAUGAGUGGUUGAACUUGAGCCUCUGACUAGAGAGAGAGAGAUGGAGAACAACGGUUGAUGUACUAAGAACAGGGAAGGUGAUCGGAGCAGAAAACCAGCAGUAAAGCUGUCAAUGUGGUAUGAUAAUUACUGUUAAAGUUUUAUUGCAUUUAUCUUUUGAUAUAUUGAGUUUUGUGUUAGAAGGGAUCAAUUUAUAAAGACAUUUUAUUGGUAUCAUUUACGGAUUUAUAAUUAAAGUUUGCCUUUCCAUGGGCGUUUUUAAUUUUAAUGGCUGUUAAAAAGUGUUUCGGGGUUUAUAAGAGGCAUUAUUUUACAGAUUAGUAAUUUUUUUUUAAAUUUAUUGUUAAGUAAUUAGCCUAGCCAUGUUUGAAAAUAGGUGUUUGUGUAACAUUAAGUGUGUGCGUCUUCCAAUUCCUGUAUUGGCGGGAUGUGCUUCAUUCGUGAUAAAUUUUCUCCUUUACAAGUACUUUAAGUGCAAAAAUGUCAAACUUUUGAUACUGUGUCAUAAACAAGACUAUACUACUGUGUGUUGGUGUUUAUGUGUGCUUAUUAAGUGUUACUUUUAUAAACUUGACAUUAUAGCUAAUCAGCCUCUGAGCACAUGGUUAGCAUUAAUGUACAGCGAUUAGCGUGUGCUCUGUUAUCGACAAAAAGCAAAAGAUAGAAAACAUGCAAUGUUUUUUAUGUUCCUUAUGUGAUCUUUAACAUAACAGUUGUAUGUUUUGAUGUUUUAUAUUUUGUGCCACUUUGUUUGAGUCAACUCAGAUUUGCAGAUACAUUGCACAAGUACAGUUGGUGUAAUAAUUUUACAAAAUAUGUUUUAAACAUUGAGGAAAUUUAAACUUAUAACAUUUGCAUUCAUGUAAAUGCAACAUAAAUGAAUAUGAAUAUAAAUUCAUUUUACAGGAGUGCAGAAAUAUAAUAAUUUAAAAAUCCUGUUUCUGACAUUCUUUUUCUUCUACAGAGAGAUAUAGGAAGAAGAAUUCAAUAAGUAUUCGUAGCAGUUUGCAAGACAAGUAAAACUUCAGGUACCCGAACUGAACACUAAGUCAAUGGGUGUUCUACCUUAUUGCAAAUGAAUUGGCUGUGCAAAAUAUGUAACUUUACAUCAUCGAAACGAUUGGAACUAUUAAAACACUACAGAUUACAACAUGGGCAUCAUAGUCGAAACCAAUCCAUACCCUGUCUCCAUUCGGAUUGCCCUUGCACCUUUAGGACAUGGGGUGCGUUACGGACACAUUUGUCCAGGUUUCAUGCACAGACAACUAGGCCAGGCCAGCUGCUUUCCUUCACAUGCAUAGUGUGUAAAUCAUGCUAUUUCCACACAGAAAGACAAUAUUUUGAGCACCUGGGUGGUCAUCUUAAAAAACAUGAAACUGUGCCUUGUGUUUUCCAUGACUGUGAUUACAAAACAAAUGUAUAUACAACAUUUCACAGUCAUAAGAGCAGGAAACAUAGCCCCCAUUCAGUGGAAGAUUUUAAGACCAUUGUUUUUCAAGAACACCAAAGCCAGAUUCACGAAGAAAGCGAUUCUGUUGAAAGUGAAAACUACUGUGACUCUGUCCUUAAGGAGGAUGAAGACUUGAGCGAAGCAAUUGUCAGGAGACUGGGCUUGCUCCUCCUUAAAUUGGAGUGCAUAUUUAAUGUGUCUAAUACAUGCAUAGAUGAGCUAGUAGAGGAACUUAAUUUCCUUACAUCAUCUGCAUCUGGGCCUGUUAUUAAAAACAUUAUACUGAGCACUCUAAAGAAGCAUGGCUGCAUUUUUGAAGAUUCUGUGAUUUCAGAACUGGUGAAAGAUCUUUGCCAGCUUAACCCUUUCUGUGCUGCUUUAGGAUUGGAUGAGCCUUUAAGCACACACUACAGGAGACAACAAUUUAUAAAGGAGCAUCUUUCACUGACUGAGCCAAUUGAGUACAUACUUGAUAGUAGCAAGAAUGCAGCCUUCCAGUAUGUUCCUAUUCUCCCAUUAUUGUCUCAACUUUUGAACAAUGUGCACAUUCAGGACACAAUAUUACAGAACAAAAGGCCAUGUAAUGUUUCUUCUGAAUGUGGAUCAUUGCAUGAUGGAUCUUUCUACAGAGAAAACAGCUUUUUGUCUGGAGAUGAACUUAAACUCCCAUUGAUUCUUUACAUAGAUGACUUCGAAAUAUGCAACCCUCUGGGAACGUCACGCAAGAAGCAUAAAGUCACUGGUGUGUACUGGGUGCUUGCAGACAUCCCUGCUACCCUGUGAUCUACUCUAAGUUCCAUUUAUCUAGCCAUUCUUUGUAAGGUAGAUGAUGUCAAGCAAUAUGGAUACCCAAAAGUUUUGGAGCCACUGCUUAAAGAUUUGAAAUGCUUGGAGGAUGAUGGUAUAUUUGUACCAAGUCUGGGCAAAGUGGUGGAGGGCACUGUAUUUGCCGUAGCAGCUGAUAAUCUUGGCGCUCACUCCAUCGGUGGGUUUGUUGAAAGCUUUUCUUCUUCACAUUUUUGUCGCUUUUGCACUGGAGAGCGUUCACAGAUCCAGGAGCAUGAAGUAAGAGCAGGAAUGUUUCCUCUACGAACUAAGUCCAGCCAUACCCUCCAUGUCGAAUCAGCGUUGUCUGACACUGCUAAAGCUCAUCAUUGUGGAGUUAAAAGACAGUGUCCCAUCUCUGACAAACUGAGUUACUUUCAUGCCACAUCAGGUUAUCCCCCUGAUGCUUUGCAUGAUUUGCUUGAAGGGAUUGUACCUUUUGAACUGGCACUGUGUCUUGAUGUGUUUAUAAAGAAGAAAUACUUCUCUCUUCUUGAACUUAACUCUUAAAUCCAUCGAUUUCCCUACAAAUGGAAUGACAAAGUCAACUGUCCACAAGCUAUCCCCCUGACUUUUGCAUCACGUAAAAGUAUAGGAGCCAAUGCACACGAAAACUGGUGCUUGUUACGGAUGCUACCUUUUAUGAUUGGCGACAAAGUGCCAGAAGAGGACACAGCAUGGCAGGUUUUGAUGACCUUGAAAGAUAUUGUUGAGCUUGUCAUGGCUCCUGUUCACACAGAUGAGACGCUAGGAUACAUGGAAAGCAAGAUUAGUGAACACCGUUAUAGGUAUUUGGAUGUGUUCCCAGAGGAGAAAUUGAGACCGAAACAUCACUUCCUGGAGCAUUAUCCUUGGCUUACAACUGCUUUUGGACCACUUGUGUUUCUCUGGACCAUGAGAUUCGAAGCCAAACACCGAUUUUUUAAAAGGAUUGUGAGGCAGACCGGGUCGUUCAGAAACAUUCUCAAGACAAUGGCAAGAAAACACCAAUCAAUGAUUGCAUGUCACAUCCAUGAUGCUAACAUUCUAAGGCCAAAACUCUCUGUGUCAAGAAUGACUCAAGUAGCGGUGGAGGUUCUAAAGGAUAGCAUUAAGGAGUCAUUUGUAAAGACGUUUCCCAGAGCAGCAGUUGUGAGUAUGACAAACAAAGUCACCAUUUUAGGCACUGACUAUUGUGUUGGAAUGCUGCUGCCUUUUGGAUCAACAGGAGGAUUGCCUGACUUCGGAGAAAUACUCAAAAUAAUCAUUGUGCAUGAAAGUCCUGUCUUUGUUCUGAAGUUGCUAAGUGGGUGGUACCAUGAGCACUUGAGGAGCUUCAAAGUAGAGCCCACAGGAGAGAUCAAAGUCCUGCAGCAUUCGGAAAUGAAAGAUGCAUACCCUUUGGCAGCAUAUAAUACACUACAUGGUCGAAUGAUGUCUCUGAAACACUUUGUUUGCAUAUCAGAUUGAAGACAACACAUACUCCAGAGGAAAAUGUCAGUCCAGUUGCGAGUCAUCAUAGAAGAAAACAAUAUCCGAAAGUUGACGCUUCCAACAGGAUUUCCUAAUAAGGUGGAAGAUCUUGUCUCAGAAAUCAUUCAGACAUUCCAGAUACAUGGUGAAUUUGGACUACUCUAUGAGGACAAAGACUUUGGGAACCAAUUUUUCACUCUAACUUCAACUGCCGACCUGGAAGACAAGGCCACUGUGAAAUUGGUAAUAAACGAGCCCUUGAUAAUCCUUGACUUGCAUCCAUUAGAUGAAUCAGGACUGUCCAUUACACAGAGUAGCUUGGAGACCUACCCUGUGGAUGAUGGUGAAGCGUACACCUCUCUUGCAGAUGACGUUGAACUGUCAAGUUCACAAGACACCGUUCUUCUCCCUGAGUCAUGUCGUUCUGCUCCAUGGCCAGUGCCGUUUCAAGUGCCGACAUUUUCCCGUGACAUUGAACUUAUCCUUGCAGAGGCUAAUAAGUCAUAUCUUGCCUCUGGAAUGCAUUUCCAUGAUGCAAGUGUUAAAUCUGCAAUAAUGCAUGACCUUGCCAAAGCUAUAUUUUUUUACACGGCCUACCCUUCAAGUAUGCAGAUAUCUUCAGUGGCUGAAGCCCUUCUUAAAAAGUUUCCAUGCCUAAAGGAGGCUGGGUCUUUUGCAGGAAUGUAUGGCUGGCAGCAACGCCUCAAGUACAAGAUGCACAAUUUCCGUGCCAAGCUGAAAUCACAAAAAUAUACAUAUCCAGAAUUAGAAGUAAACACACUGAAGAGGAAGCUACCAACCGAUGCAGCACCAGCUAAAAAUGUGAAAAGACCAAAGAAAGCGGAAGUGAAUUAUCUCCCUCCACAUCCUGUUGGAGAAAAUCAGGACACGUUGGAAAAGGAGAGGCUUGAGUUAGUCGAUGAAAUGAAGAAGAAGAACAACGCAAAAGUAAUUGAAGAAAAAAUGUCAAAAACCUUUUCAAUUAGAAGACUGGAGGUUGUGACCACCAGCCCCGCUGUCAGUGUCUUAAGAGAGAGGUGGCCGGGAUUGUUCUGUAAGGCUCAGAUCAAAGAGGAGUUCCGACGUAUAACAACAAUCUCCUUGGAAGAGACAUUUAUGCUGAAUCUUGAUAGGUACACACCACGUCUUCUGCAGCUGAUGCAUGCCAAAGGAGGAGCAUUUAGAACCAAGAUGCAUCCUCUCCUGAACACUGUCAAUGAGAGUAUUGAGAGAAAAAGGGAUGCAUGUAUCCGUUGCCUCAUUGAGUACCUUGGGGAAAAUCAAGAAGAGCUGUUCCAAGACUGUCAGGAGGAUGAACUUGAAGGCCACACAACUGAAAUAAUGAAGUUGGUGGUGAUUCACAAUCCCACAGUUGAGGAGAACCCAGCAGAUGUGUGUGUGGUUAUAGAGGGCACCAAAGUGCUGACCGGUUGUGGAAACAGAACCACAGCGUGCAUACUGUUGAUGGGAUUGAUCUAUGCCUUCAACCUUGAGUAUCCCAAAACCCUGAAGUACACCUUUGAAGUGUUCCAGAAACUUUUUUUGGAACUUGACGGAGCAAAACUGGUGAAGAAGGUCCUAAGCCUCAAGCAUAAACUAUUGGAAUGAGCUGUCUGUACUGUUCUACAACAGAGGAUCUGGGCCAACACUAUGUUGCUCUCUGGGGUGGCUCGCCAGUCCAAACCCUCCUCAGAACCACUGGAAGGCUGGGACAAAUCCAGAACGCAGGCUCCAGAACAUUGCAUCAGACAGAUGGCAUCAACAUGGAAAAGGGCAGAACCACACACACACAAAAAAAAACUGACCUUGAACAGACAAGGUCACAAAACAACAUAGAAUAAAGUUUUAACUCAUGAAAAUAAACUAUCACUGUACAUCAGACAUUUUACACAAAACUUGAAAAUUUG